UUUCCAAUUUGUAUUGCCGACUAGUCUUAGGAUUGCAACUCGAUUGAAUUUUUUUAACCGCACUUCUAGAGUUACUUUCAAGUUACAUACUCGCACUUAAUAUUAACAUUUACCAAAAUAAUAUUAUUCUUCAUUAUGGUGACUUUCAGUUAUUUUUUAGUUGUUUUAUCCGUCUGUAUUUGUACGUUUGCCAAUGACAAUCUAUCAUUUAUUUAACCACCUUUCAUUUCGCUAUACACCUACCGCAUUUUUAGAUUUAUUCGAGGAGGAUGACUUAGUAUUUUUUGCUGGCCAAAAUAAUUCGACCGGCUAUUGGAUGUUUGUAACUGAAGAUGGCCAAUGUCCGGAACCUAAUAAUCCAAAUAUGUGUAUUAUUUUGAAAAAAGGUAAUGAUGACUACAAUGCUGUCAAAAGUGAGUUGGCCAGCAGUGAAGACGACUUUCGCAGAAAAAGGUUUCGGAGUGCUACGAUUGAUCAUUAUAUAACCCCUCAUCACAUAAAAAAAGGUGUUCGGGAUUUCAUAAACCAAACUUAUAGAGAUUAAUUUCAUUUCAUAGACAAUUCGACAAUAUUAUACGAUUUUUUUAUUGUGUUAGUUUUAUUAAAACUUUCUAAAAUUAUAAGAAAGUAAAAAAUUGUUCAAAGACAAAUAAAUAACGUAGUGUAACCAAUAAUUAUCAUUGUAAAAAUAAUAAAAUAUAAUAUUAUUA